AUUCUGAUGGCACAGCAGAAGGGGUUGACGAAGAACGUGAAGAUUUCCUUCAUAUAGGAAAUAUUUCAGACGGGGAAUUCUUUUAUUCAGGAACUAUAGGAGGUGUAUUCGUUUUGGUUUGGGCUGCUAGACGUGGUAAAUAAAUUGGCAUUGCCAGUUUGACGACAGUUCAAGAUCUCUACUAUAUUUCAUAGUUUUUGGUUGUGCAUGGUAUUUGUCUGGAUUUGGUGCUGAGUUUUAUGAAUCCACAACUAUGAGAUUAGAUCCUGAUCCUGUCAAAUGGUGUGGUGCAAAUGUGCCGAUUCAUCAGUGUUGUUGGAGCACAGAUGAAAAAGGUCAAGAUGACGCUAAUUCUAAGAAUCUUCAACAAGCAGCUCAGCCACUUGUAGAAGGGAGCAAGAGUAAGAAGAUCAAAAUGGCGGCAUCUAUACCUUCAUCAUGCUACCGUCCGAAGCCACAGAUCACAGACACCCCGCCGGACGGCAGUAUGAACUUUACAAUUAUGAAGCACCCAAAAGAGGCGUUAGAAAUUAUGAGCAUCCUCCGCCGGACUAAGAAAUUAUGUGAUGUAACACUAAUUGUCGGAGAAGAGAAGCUAAUGGCUCAUAAAAUAGUGUUAGCUGCGGCUAGCCCGUAUUUCCGUGCCAUGUUUACUGGCGGGAUGAGGGAGGAGGAAAUGUCGUCUAUUCCGCUGCACGGUAUAUCGCCAUGUACGCUAGCUGUUCUUGUGGAGUUUGCAUAUACUGCUGAAAUACACAUCAACGAAAUGAACGUUUGUUAUCUUCUUCCAGCUGCCACCAUGUUUCAGAUGACGCAUGUCGUUGAGGCUUGUAGUGUUUUCCUUGAGCAUCAGCUCGACCCUAGUAACUGUAUCGGUAUUGCUGACUUUGCAAGCGAACAUGGCUGUCCAGAGCUUGAAACGAAAGCAAGAACAUAUAUUUACAAACACUUCUGUGAAGUUAUCAAGUGUGACGAAUUCCUCAUGCUGAGUCCUUGCCAAAUGAUAAUGCUCAUCAAGCAAGAUGAAUUGAAUAUCCGCUGUGAGUCUGAAGUGUUCCAGGCAGUGAUUCGAUGGGUAGAAUCAGACACGGAAAAACGUCUCGGCAAGUUGGAAAGUCUCUUAGCGGCAGUGAGGGUUCAGUUCCUGUCUCCAUGUUUCUUAGAACAACAGCUCAAAGACUGUCAUAUUCUCAAAAAGAUGCCGCAAUGUCUACAGACCCUGAAUGAUAAACUUCGAAAGCUCAAACUUCAUGAAAAAUGUCCCGAAAAGCCUCGAUUACCUUGUGCUCCACUUGUUAUCUUUUGUGCUGGUGGUUAUCUUCGACAGUCCCUAAGUAAUUUUGAGUGCUAUAACCCAAAGUCAAAUCAAUGGCAUCGUCUUCCUGAUUUGCCAACCCCUCGGAGCGGACUCAGCGCGUGUUUAGUUCGGGGAGCUCUGUACGUGGUUGGAGGGAGGAACAACUCCCCUGAUGGCAACAUGGACUCCAACACGUUAGACAUGUAUGAUCCCAUGAGGAAUGUGUGGACACCACGGUCACCGAUGACUGUCCCCAGGAAUCGUGUGGGUGUAGGAGUGAUUGAUGGAAUGAUCUACGCAGUUGGAGGCUCUCAAGGACAAACUCACCAUAAGUCUGCUGAAAAAUAUGACCCUGAACUAGACUGCUGGACAAUGGUAUCGACCAUGUCCACCAACCGUAUUGGUGUGGGAUGUGCAGUGGUCAACCGGCUGCUGUUUGCAGUUGGGGGAUAUGAUGGACAAAAUCGUCUGAAGAACGUGGAAUGUUAUGACCCCGAAAAGGAUGAGUGGCAUUUUGUGGCCCCGAUGAAUACCAUGAGAAGUGGAGCUGGUGUUAUCGCUAUGGACUGCUACGUGUAUGCUGUGGGUGGGUACGACAGCACCUGUCAACUGAGGUCUGUGGAGCGGUACCACACAGAAAACAACACAUGGGAGUUUGUGUCCCCCAUGAACAGCCCGCGGAGUGCUCUCAGUGUGGCCGUCAUCAACGACAGACUCUAUGCUCUAGGUGGCUAUGAUGGCAAUGAUUUCCUGUCAACUGUUGAAUGUUACAACCCUGACACUGACCAGUGGAAUGAGGUGACAAACAUGACAUGUGGCCGCAGUGGACAUGGGGUGGCCGUUGGUGCCGAGCCCAGUUUGUAGUGAUAGCAGUCAGUCACCCCUCCUGACCACACCACCACCACCGCCACUGCCACCACCACCACCGCCACCACCACUACCAUGCUCUAAGACAGAUGAAGUAUUGCAGGGCCACCCAAGUGGAAACAUGUUGUCUUGAAGAUAGUAUCAUGUGCACUCUCAAGAAUGUACCAUCGAUGGACAGAUUGAAUGUUUAGCUCUUCCUUAACGGGGUCAACUCAUUAAGGCCAUGUGUUUCCCAAGGAAGAGCUUUCAGUCAACAUCUUCAUGAUGAGAAGUAUGUCACUAUUGAUAAGAAACAUGUCAUGAUUGAUCAAGUUCUUCAGAUUAUUCAAUGAAACUGUGACUGUUUCUUGAAAUCAUUGAAUUGGUGACUAUUACAAUUAUCAAACAGAUGAUAGCAGAUGCAAUCAUGUUUUAUCUAAUGGACAAGCAGCUGUACGGUAUGCACUUUGGAAAGAUGCUUCGUGGAAUGUGUAACCAUGGAGACGGUUACAAGAUUGAAGAAUUAGGAGACUGGUGGCUGAUUGAGUUUGGUAGUGGUCAGGGUUGUGGUCCAAUAUCAAGCUCUCCACACCGUAUUUACCAUAUCACUGCUCCAUAGGGCCAGCAUACUAUUUGCCAUACAACUAUUGCAAAGACAUUCUAUUUUGUUGAUCUGGCAAGAGAUAUCAUAUAUUGUACUUUUAUCAACUGUGUGUUGAUUUGGGUAUAUAAUAUUCUCGGGGUUUUAUACCAGAAGAGGUGAAUUUGGACAAGCAUUGCUAUUGAAACAGCUUUCAUCAUGAUCAGCUUUGGCGUUGAAACAACAGUUGGACAAGCAUUGCUAUUGAAACAGCUUUCAUCAUGAUCAACUUUGGUGUUGAAACAACAGUGUAGGGUUGUGACUAAUUCGGAACUAUCAUAACAAGAAAAGAACCCGAUA